AUGAAAGAGCUUGUGUCCAAACUUCUGAAUCUCGAGCUUCUUACAGAGAUAGAAGUCGAGAAUAUCUGCAACAAAGUGUCUGAAAUCCUCAUCUGCGAGCCAAAUAUCCCAAACAAAAAGUCUCCAGUUAUUGUCUGUGGAGACAUCCACGGCCAGUUCUUUGAUCUGGUGAGUUUGUUCAGGAUCGACGGAGUUCCCUCGAAAAAAAGAUAUGUCUUCCUAGGAGAUUAUGUGGAUAGAGGGAGAAACUCCCUUGAAUGCAUAUUGUUUCUCUUUCUUCUGAAGAUCUUGUACCCAGAGAAUGUCACUCUCAUAAGAGGAAAUCAUGAGCAGUCUACCAUAAACAGGGUCUACGGAUUCUACGAAGAGAUCAUGGAGAAGUAUGGGACGCCAAGAAUAUGGAGGAUGAUCAACGAAGUGUUUAAUCUUAUGUGUAUUGGAUGUCUGAUCGAUGGAAGGAUACUGUGUGUGCAUGGAGGGAUAUCACCCAAGAUCACGUCACUGAACCAAAUAAAAAGGCUUGACAGACUGCUUCCCAUUAGGGAGGAAAGUGAGUUUGCAGACAUCCUAUGGGGAGAUCCUUACGAUGGAAAGGGCUUUCAACCUAGUCCUCGAGGAAGUGGAUAUCUUUACGGGGAGGACGUGGUAAUAAGAUUUCUUGAACUGAAUGGGCUUACAAGCAUUGUAAGAUCACACCAACUGGUCAUAGAGGGGUACAAGUUCCAUUUUCCUGGGAGAAACGUGAUUACUGUGUGGAGUGCUCCGAAUUACAUGGGAAAGUGUGGUAAUCCUGCAAGUAUCCUGAGGAUCAACGAGACACUGGACAUUUCCGAUAAGGAUUUCUGCAUAUUCAAGGCCACACCGCAGAGAAAGGAGUUUCUCACAAAGCUAGAGGGGCUUGACUUAUAG